UCUCUCUGACAUCAUUGCAACUCUCAUUACUUGUAAAAAGCAAAAACCUCACAUCAACCACUGAAAACAUUGGACGCUCUUCGCUGCUCCGCCUUUUCUCCUGUUCGGCUUCUGCAACUGCAACUGUUAUUUUGUCCAUUAUCUUCUCUCGCCCCUAAAGAACCUUCAGCUCGGAACCCUUAUUCCGAUAAACCUUAAUCUCUCCCCUUCUCUCUAUAGAGUCAUACCUGCACUGUAUUUAUUGAAUACAUCCAAAUCAUCAACUCUUCACUCUCCCUUGAUCACUUGUACCAAGAGUAGGUAAACCUACUUUACACUCUGAUUUCACCUUUGAUCACUCCUAGCUGGCUCUUGAAGUUGCCUUGGAGUGUAUUCAUCCAUCGUUGUUGAAGUUUGUGAUAGGAAUUGGUGAGAUCGGCUUUCUAUGAUUAUGGUAAUGGCGGGGAAUGAGAGUGGGGAUGAUCACAAGGAGGUUAGUGGUGGGCCUAAGUCCCCGUGGAAGACGCCUGACGCCAACUCUGCUGAUGCUCCCGUUAUGGGCGCAGAGUCUUGGCCCGCACUCUCUGACGCGCAACAAACUCGUCCCAAGAAUUCGAAUCCUGCUGCGGAGAUGCUACCCGACGACCCUGCUACUGCUCCAUCUUCAGCUCCAUACCCAGCUCCAGCUCCCCAGCAGGGAUCAGUUGGACAGCAGAAGUCAUAUGGCUCUGGAAACACUAAUUCUUCACAUAAAUAUUCUUCAUCUAGACAUCAGAAAUCAGGUUCUAAGCAUAACACAAAUGGUGGGCCUCCUUUACCUGUAUCCUUACCUUACCAUCAGCCAAUGAUGGCACCUGUUUUCCAUCAUAUGUUACCUCCACCACACAUUCCUGUUUCUGGUUAUGCUUAUCACCCUUCCCCUGGGCCAUAUCCAAGUGUCAAAAUGCCUUCGGUAAAAUCUGGAAGUGAAGCUCCCCCAAUGCAAGCUUUCACUCCACCUGUUAAUGUUCAGCCUCCGUCACGAGGUGAUCCCAGUGGUUAUGCUGUGAAUUUUUCAAACAGAAGACCUAAUAUGCCAGAAUCUGUUGGUCCAAUGAAUCAUGCCUGGCAUCCUCAAAGAGCUUUUAAUCCGAGAGACAACAUGGUGCAGGGUAUGGGACCAAGGGCUUUCAUGGGACCUGUUUUGUAUGGUCCUGCUCCUGGUUUUAUGGUUGGUCCUGGAUUCCCUGGGGCACCAGUAUGUUAUCUUCCAGUUUCUCCUUCGGGCUCUGCUAGGGGAUCUCAUCCUCCUCACGUUGUUCCAUAUCCUAUGGAUCCUGGAGCUCCCAUGCUUUCCCAGGAGACACUUGCUCUGAGGGCUAAUAUAGUAAAACAAAUUGAAUACUAUUUCAGUGAUAAAAAUCUGCCUAAUGACCAUUAUUUAAUAUCUUUGAUGGAUGAUGGAGGGUGGGUUCCAAUUUCAUCCAUUGCCAACUUUAACAGGGUUAAGAGGAUGACUACCGACAUUUCACUUAUUCUUGAUGCACUGAAGAGUUCUAGCGUGGUAGAAGUGCAGGGUGAUAAAGUACGGAAACGUGAUGACUGGUCAAAGUUGACUCAAACUUAUGUUCCUGCAUCGCCGUUGAAAGAUCAAACUUCUCAGGAUCAACAUGGAGAGCAUGCUACUCACUCUUCUGGGGAUACUGAUGCCAAUCAAGAUAAUGAUAGGGGCACCCCUGUGGAGAAUGUUGACAUCACAUCUGGCAUUGGUUGUCUGCUGGGGCACAGAUCCACAAAUAGGGAUACCUUGGUGGCCACAGAUUCGGGACGGGACAGCGAGUGUGCUUCAGCUGAUGAUGCAAAGCAAGCAUUCAUGGCGGGAAAUGGGGGUUCAGAAGGCAUGGCUGUAUCAUCAGAGGCCGUGGCACAGAGCAUUUCCAACCUUUCUAGUGAUUUUGCAAACACUUUUAUGUUUGAUGAAGAGCUUGAGCUUGAGCAUAGAAGUCUGAAGAAUAAUGGCUACUGUCCUGUUAGAAGGAUUGAUGAUGAAGAUGAGAUAGCUAAUGAUCAAUAUGUUCAGAAACUUGUAAUUGUCACCCAGAACACAGGAACGGGUGGAAGAUCUAAAGUUAGUGGUAAAGAAUCAAAUUCCAUUUCAAAUGAGCAUGCUUCUGAAAUUAAUGAUGGUCUUUACUUCUAUGAGCAGGAGCUUAAAUCUAAGCGAUCUAAUCGUAGUAGAAAGACCAACUUUUCUCAUGAGAACAGAGAUGGAAACUCGAGAUCUUUUAGUAGCACUACUUUGGGCACACCAAAUUUUAAGGCUAGUGACAAUGCUGUUGGAAGCAGUGGCCAUGAUGAGUCUGGAAGUGCAAGUACACGAAGAAAGCACAAUAAUAAAGGUUUUAACAAGCAGCAGUCAUCCCAUAAGCAGCGGUUCUUCUCCAGCAAUUUUAGGAAUCAUGGUGCUGGCCGUAAUUCUCUUGGAGUCAUAUCGGAAAGUCCGCCGAGUAAUUCAAUUGGAUUUUUCUUUGGUUCUACUCCUCCUGAAAAUCAUGGCCCUAGGAUCUCCAAGUUGAGUGUUUCACCACGUGGUAAUCUUUCUGGCAGUAGUCCACCUGUGGGUUCUGUGCCAAAGUCAUUGCCUCCAUUUCAGCAUCCAAGCCACCAGCUGCUGGAAGAGAAUGGUUUUAAACAGCAGAAGUACCUGAAGUUUCAUAAGCGCUGCCUAAGUGAUAGAAAGAAGCUGGGAAUUGGUUGCAGUGAGGAAAUGAACUCGCUGUAUAGGUUUUGGUCAUAUUUUCUUAGAGACAUGUUUGUCCCUUCAAUGUAUAAUGAGUUCCAAAAAUGUGCUUUGGAAGAUGCUGCUGUUAACUAUAAUUAUGGGAUAGAGUGCCUCUUCAGAUUCUAUAGUUAUGGAUUGGAGAAGGAAUUCAGAGAGGACAUCUACAAAGACUUUGAACAGCUCACACUUGACUUCUACCAUAAAGGCAAUAUCUAUGGUCUUGAAAAAUACUGGGCGUUCCACCAUUAUCGUGGUGAACGUGGCCAUUUGGAAAAACAUCCAGAAUUGGAAAGCCUACUCAUAGAAAAAUACUGUAGCUUGGACGACUUCCGCCCCAAAGAGAAGACUACAUCUGUUUAAGAAAGGCAGUAGCAAGAUGAUCUUGUUUCCUUGUGGAGACAUCCCAAUUUUGAAUCUGUACCGACUGGAGUUGAGAGUUACCUGUCUUUAUUCGCUUUGGAUGCAAAGAGAAAGGUGGGUUUUUGUACAUUGUAUUGUAAAAUUUUGUGGGGGUUAUCUUUUGCAAGGUUUGCUGAGUGUUGAGGGUUAUGCUAUUGCCUUUUGCAUUUGGCCUUUUUCACAAGACCACCUUCUGGCUCCAGGAUAAUAUCUUUUCUUUUUGGAGUUGUCAACAAGCUAGGGGAGGUAACCAGUGCUUACUUCACUCCCUUCUCCAGAUUGUUACUUGUACAUAUGACAAGCUUGAAAAAAUGGAAGGAAAAAAAAAGCUGUAGCAAUCUUGUGGAUAUUUAAGAGAUUCAAAUUUUAGUCUGCGUCAAGUAUGGUCUAAAAUUCAGUUUCGUUUCUUCAUUCUAAUAGAUUAUUGAUUCUGCUGAUGAGUGAGUAACAAGUGGAAUAUAAGAUAAUUUGAGAA